AUGGUUCUGGAGAACGUAUGGGCCUCUUUCGUUCCACAGGAAAUCCCUUACAGGCCAGAUUCUCAACUUCAAGGCAUCGCUUGUAUCACUUCUCCUCCCGCCUCAACAGCAAAUUCCCUGACAAUGAAUCACCGCGACACCAUUUUCGGGGACUCCAAUCUGAGAAGCUGUGAAGAUGAUGGUUUGUGUAAGACACUGAAUGAAUCGGACUUAACCGAUGUUUUGGAGAGACUUGUGAGUCUCAGGCGAUGGCUGUCUCUCAAUUGCGAAGUUCUUGAUCUCGUCAAAGUGAAUAAGCAGUCGGAGGGGGGAAAUAUUGCGGAACAAGAGAGCGCCAAAAAAAGACGGCUUGGAUGUUCAGAGGCGGCUGAGAAGCGGUACAGAGGUGUGCGGCGACGGCCAUGGGGAAAGUACGCAGCAGAAAUUCGAGAUUCGACGAGACAUGGCGCCCGGAUGUGGCUUGGCACGUUUCUGACGGCGGAGGAGGCGGCCAUGGCGUACGAUAAAGCGGCUCUCAAAAUGAGAGGUCCUCGAACUCAGUUGAACUUCCCCGUGGAAACAGUUGAACGGGCUCUCGUUCAGGAAUAUGUUGACUACAAACCGAUAAUUCCUCCUUUGUGA